GCCCCCCUUUUUCCAGAAAAAUGAACGUGAAAUUCUUUCUUGUUCUCUCUCAGCGUUCAACAACAACAACAACGCUCUCAGACACGGACAAAACAACAACAACAACUCAAGCUUCUCUCGGUUUCGAUCUACUUGCCAUUCUCUCUCAAUUCGAAGAACACAGUAAUAUUCACAGAAGUUCGGCACAACAAACACGAUCAAACAACAAACUCAAAACCCAAAUCCCAGCAUAAGCCCUAAAUCCCCAAUCUCAUAAUUUUUCUUGAUGAUUACGUGAUUGCAAAUUAAACAGACAAAUGAAAAAUGGAACUAUACCGGUAAAAACGAAAUCGGAAGCUCAGCGGUAACACUCAGGUAACCUUCUUCAACUUUUCUCUCUAAUCUCUUAUCUGCUUGCGUGGCUUCUUCUUCCUUUGUUUCGAUUACGCGUGGCUUGAAUUUGUGUUCUGAAUGAGUGGACAAGUUGUUUUAGUGUAUGAGCAAGGUGAAUGGAUACGAGGUCUGAGUUUGUUUAUGGUUGAGUGGAACUAGUAGAUUGGAAGAUGGUUUGGAAAAUGAUGAUGAUGAAUCGAAUGGAAGUUCUGUGUUGGUAAAGUUGUAGAGUGGAGUUUUUGUGAUUCAGUUAAGGGUUGAAAAAUAGAUUUUCGUGAUUCAUAACUUUAGAGAUUGAACUAGUUUAUGGUGUUUUUUUGGAGGAUAUUUGAGGUUGAAGGGUGUGGUUUGAGUGUGUUCUGUUAGGCUUGAAGGCACUACUAAAAAAUUCGCUUUUAGUGACCGAUUUUAGUGACCGAAAUAUUUCGGUCACCGUAGCGACCGAAUUAGCCACUAAAUUAUAAUACCUUAAAAGUUUAACAUUAAUUGUCACUAAAUCGGUCACAAAAUAAUGUUAGCCACCAAUUUAACGACCGAAAAAUAGUGACCAAAAUUUUGGUCUCUAAAAUAUUAUAAAUUCAAUCAAACAAAAACUAUAAAAUAAAUUAUUGCCCUAGCGCCGAAACACUUCUCCUGCUCUACACCCUAGCACGGCCGCCGUCCAUACGUCACCUCAAAUCAAGCCUUGCUUCUCCCUUGUUUUACCCUCUACUUCAAAUCAAGCAAACUUCAAGAUUCAAAAUCGUCUCCUUCAUCUUUGCCGCUUAUUCUCUCUUGUUCGUGCAAAUCAAGACACAAAUCAAGCAUACAAAGGAAUUUGAUUGUGAGACCAGCUGCAUUUUUCUUUAUCAAAUGCAAUCUUGACUCAGGAAGUUCAUCAGUUUUAUUCUAGUGACUAGAUGGCUAUGAAUCUACCAGCUCUAUAUUGUCCAAUUGUUAUAUUUAUAAGAGUCGUAUAUGAACAUGACACUUUGUUUCCAACAGAAUAUGAAGUUGAUGACAGAGCACUUCAUCACAGGUUUUUGACGUCUUGUUAAGUGAGUAAGUGAGUGUUUCAGAACUUCACAAUCUAACUCAUGGCACUCUCUAACGCUACCCUCAUUCCAACAACCUUCAACCCCCUCAAAACCAAUCCUCUCCCUUUUCCUUCUUCCCAUGUUUCCUUCCUUUCUCCCUCUCACCCCAUCUCCAAUUCCCUCACCGCCGCCACCAACAUGUCCCGCCUCAAUUCCGCCGACUUCGAACUAUCUACCAUAACAGCUUUAUCCCCUUUAGACGGCCGUUACAGGGAAAAAGUUAAAGACUUGGCUCCUAUCAUGGGUGAAUAUGGACUCAAUUACUAUAGGGUCAUUGUUGAGAUUAAAUGGUUGCUGAAGCUUUCUGAGAUUAAUGAAAUCACUGAAGUUCCUUCUUUUAGUGAAGAUGCUAAGUCUUUCUUACAAGGUUUGAUUGACGACUUUGGUGAAGCUGAUGUUAACGAGAUUAAAAGAUUUGAGAAGAUUACAAAUCACGAUGUUAAAGCUGUAGAGUAUUUCUUGAAACAAAAGUGCCAGUCAAAUGCUGAAACUGCUAAGGUGCUUGAAUUUUUUCACUUUGCAUGCACUUCUGAAGAUAUAAAUAACCUUGCUCAUGCCUUGAUGUUGAAAGAAGCGAUGAAUUCUGUUAUGUUUCCUGCCAUGGAUAAAAUAAUCAAAGCUUUGUGUACAAUGGCCGAAGAUAAUGCUCAUAUCUCCAUGCUUUCUCGCACUCAUGGACAGCCAGCUUCACCGACUACUUUAGGGAAGGAAAUGGCGAUAUUUGCUGUGAGGCUAAGUAGAGAAAGGAAGGAACUGUCUCAAGUUGCGAUUUUGGGGAAAUUUGCCGGUGCAGUUGGAAAUUACAACGCGCAUCUUUCUGCAUACCCUGAUGUUAAUUGGCCGGAUAUUGCACAGGAGUUUAUACUGUCUCUUGGAUUAAGUUUUAAUCCUUAUGUUGCCCAGAUUGAAACUCAUGACUACAUGGCGAAGAUUUUUCAUUCAUUCAUCCAAUUCAACAAUAUAUUAAUCGACUUUGAUAGAGAUGUAUGGGGCUAUAUAUCUUUGGGCUACUUUAAGCAGACAACUAAGGCCGGGGAGAUUGGGUCAUCAACUAUGCCUCACAAAGUGAAUCCCAUUGAUUUUGAGAACAGCGAAGGCAAUUUAGGCGUGGCUAAUGGAGGUUUUUCUCAUCUAAGCAUGAAGUUACCGAUUUCACGUUGGCAGAGGGAUUUGACUGAUUCAACUGUCUUAAGGAACAUGGGUGUCAAUUUUGGUUAUUCUCUUCUUGCAUAUAAAAGCACACUUCAAGGAAUUGGGAAGCUUCAGGUCAACGAAGCUCGCUUGAGCGAAGAUUUGAACCAGUGCUGGGAGGUACUUGCCGAACCAAUACAAACGGUUAUGAGAAGAUACAGUGUUCCUGAGCCUUAUGAGAAGUUAAAAGAGCUGACUAGAGGGAAAGCAAUUACCAAAGAAAGUUUAAGAGACUUCAUUGAAGGCUUAGAUAUACCACAAAAUGCAAAGACCUAUCUGUUAAAGUUAACGCCACAUACUUACGUUGGAACCGCCGUUGAAUUAGCCAGAACAGUUGAACACGAAGUGAACAAUAUUUUGAAUGGAGCAAUCUAGGAAACAGGUGGUUUGAACCUGAGGUUUUGAUUAAUUAUUGAGAUUACUUUACUGCUGCGAAUGCAAUUUUUUUGACCUGAUUCUCGCCAUUGAUAAUCAUUAGUUGGUAAACGAACCUUCUGAUAACUUGUUUUAUUUAUGAAACAGAAAAUAGAGAGAAUGGUAUUCAGUGAUUAAUAUGAGAAGCUAGAGUGAUGUAGAAAGAUUUGGGGAUUUAAUUUUAUCUCUGCACACAAAUUAAAUUCUUCUUAUGAAUAUGCACAAAUCUUUUAAUUUAUUUAA